AUGGUAAAUUUAUCAUCAUCACUCUCAAAUAGAGAACGUCUUUUGAUAUUCAAAUCAACAUCAACAUCAAAGCAUCAACAACUAAGAAAACUACGUGAUAUUUUAUCUCCACUUUUUACUUUUCCAUACAAUUCCCAUUCCAAAACAUCAAACAUAUUGACGCAGAUAACAAAACAAUUUAAUUGGGCAUCCCACAAAUACUCGCAUUCUUCAAUUGGAUUACUUUAUACGUUAGAUUCACUUCUCUCACAACACCAAAUGACGCAUCAAAACUUCUUUUCGCUUCUUCUAAAAAGAGCAAAAUUUUCUCGUUUUUACCCACUUUUGGGAUUCUGUUAUUCAUGGGGCUACGGCACAAAUAUUUCGCAAGAAAGCGCGUUUUUCUAUUACUCCCUAGCUGCCAAUAAUAACGACCUUGCAUCUCAGCAUGAACUGGGUUGGUUUUAUGAAUUCGGUGGAUAUGCAAGUUGCAAUCGUGACCUAGAGCGCGCGUUUUAUUGGUAUCAGAAAUCAGCCAAACUAGGAUACGCGCCUUCUCAAACCUCGUUGGGAGAAUGCUGGCAUUUCGGAAUUGGAACUGAAUUUGAUUUAAAAAAAGCUUUUUUAUGGUAUCAGCGAGCAGCAUGCGGAAGAAAUCGUGAUGCUAUGAGACAUUUAGGUGAAUGCUAUGAGUAUGGAAUUGGCACAAAAAGAGACUUUGGAAACGCCAUUUUAUGGUAUCGCGCCUCGAAUGCAGGGAGAGAAAGUAAUGGAGAUAAAAAAUUUCAGAAUCGACUGAUGGAAAAAGGAUAUGAAAAUUUGACUUGGUUUAUCAGGCAAGCGAAAAUCGGAGAUUCAAAAGCACAACGAAUUUUGGGUGACUUUUUUUGUACGUGUAUGUCAGUUUCUGGUAAUCAUGACAACGAACUAAACCAACUCGACCAAAAUCAAAGCCCACAACGCGCAUUCACAUGGUACAAACUAUCAUCGUCAUUUACUUCUUACGAUACCAAAAAUUACAACAUCGCCGCAAAAAAACGUCUUGCACUAUGUUAUCGCCAAGGGAUCGGAACAAAACGCAAUUUACGUAAAGCAAUGAUCAUUUUUCGUGAGAUUAUACAAAACAACAAUAUUAAUUAUAAUUGCAAUUAUCAUGCCAAAAAUACUGAGGUAGAGAUUGAGAUUGCCAAGGCUAGAGAGCUUGGAAUUGGCCUAGAGCGUGAUUUACAUGAAUCUAUUCGUGGUUACUUGCGUGCUUUGCGAAAUGGGGGGCACGGGAAUAUUAUCGUUGGGAUUGAAAGUAUUUUUUCGGGUGGUGGGAAUGAUUAUGAGUGUGACUGA